AUGGAUUGCGCCAAGUCUCAAAUGAUGACUGGCCAGUACUACCCACCUUGCCCUCAGCCUGACCUUACUUUAGGCUUAAGCAAGCACAGUGAUUUUGCUUUUCUCACCGUUCUACUUCAGGACAAUAUUGGAGGCUUCAAGUUUUCCAUGACCAAGCCUGGAUGGAUGUUCCUCCUGCCCCUGGAGAUCUUGUCAUUAACAUUGGAGAUCUUCUACAGGUUAAAGAAGAAACUUUUGUGGCUUUUCAUAACCAAUGACAAGUUCAUAAGCGCGGAGCAUAGGGUGAUAGCGCAUGAAUCUUCUGAAGCGCGUGUUUCAGUGCCAUGUUUCUUCACCACGUUCAAGAAGGCGAAUCCUCGAGUAUAUGGACCCAUCAAAGAGCUCCUCUCAGAAGAUAACCCUCCCAAGUAUAGGGACUGUUCCAUCACCGAGUUUUCAAACAUCUUCAGUUCAAAAGAGAUCACCAUUACUAGGUUACUCCAUCUCAGGAUCUGA